AAUUACGGAAAGAAGCGAUAGGCCUAGCUGAAGUGGAAAUAGAGUUGGUGUGUAUGACUGUUUCGGUGAUCAUGACUUCGUGUGUUUAACAAUUCAUCAAAGUUGUGUUGACUUAGAAAGGAUAGAUGAUGGCGUCAGAAGUUGAAAUUGACGAUACACUGUACAGUCGUCAGCGUUAUGUCCUGGGAGACAGUGCCAUGAAGAGGAUGGCCAAGUCAGCGGUGCUCAUAUAUGGCAUGGGUGGACUUGGAGUGGAGAUAGCAAAGAACAUAGUGCUGGCUGGAGUGAAGUCGCUGACCAUCCAAGACAGGAAGACAGCCACCGUGGCAGACCUGGGCGCUCAGUUCUUCCUGAGAGAAGAGGAUGCUAGAGCCAACAGGAACAGAGCUGAGGCCUGCUGUUCCCGCCUGUCUGAGCUGAACCCCUACGUAAGCGUGGACACCCUCACUGACAGUCUGGAUGAGCACUCUGACUUGUCCUACUUGAAGCUAUUCCAGUGCAUCAUUCUAACAGAGUGCCCUCUGCCGGUUCAAGUGAGAGUCAACAAGUUCUGUCGGGAACAGUCACCUCAGAUUCAUUUCAUCUCGUCUGAUGUGUAUGGCGUGUUUGGCAGUGUCUUCGUUGACUUGGGGGAUGAAUUUGAGGUUGUUGAUGCCACAGGGGAAGAGCCUAGGGAGGUGUUUGUCAACAAUAUCACCAAGGCUACCCCAGGGGUUGUGACAUGCCUAGACAACCAGAUGCAUGGCCUUGAGUCUGAUGCCACAGUGACUUUCAAGGAGGUCAGAGGGAUGACCUCACUCAAUGGUCAGCUUUGCCAGAUCAAAGUAUUAACCCCAUACACAUUCAGCAUCUGUGACACGGCAGGGGAGGAACACAAGCCGUACGAGAGCGGAGGGAUCAUCGUUCCUGUGAAACUGCCAAAGAAAGUCCACUUUAAAUCCUUAGAGAGCCAGCUCACAUGUCCAAGCCUGACCAUUCCAGAUCUGUCCAAGUUCCAGGCUCCUCCCAAUCUCCAUCUUGCAUUCCUGGCUCUGGACAAGUUCCUGCAGAUCAACAAACGGCUGCCGCAUAUCUGGUGUGCUAAUGAUGCCUGUCAAAUCAUCUCCAUGGCAACUGACCUCAACAAGCAAUUGGAAUCAAAGGUUGCGGUCCUGGAUGAAGAUAUCCUUCGAUGCAUGUCCUUCACCUCUAGAGGUUGCCUAGCGCUGCUGUGUGCCACCAUGGGAGGAUUCGUGGCCCAGGAGGGUCUCAAGGCCUUGACGGGGAAGUUCACUCCCCUUAAUCAGAUGCUUUAUCUUGAUGCCAUGGAGAUCCUGCCUGGCCUCGACGCCGACAAGCAGCAGUUCCAGACCAGGGGAGACCGCUAUGACCUGCUGAGGGCCUGUGUGGGGGACGAUACAUGUCAGAAAUUGGCCAACAUCAAACUAUUCAUGAUUGGGUGUGGAGCUAUUGGCUGUGAGAUGCUCAAAAACUAUGCCCUGUUGGGGAUCGGUUCUGGAGAUAAAGGCAAGAUAACAAUCACUGACAAUGAUCUGAUAGAGAAGUCAAAUCUCAACAGACAGUUCCUGUUCAGACCUCAUCACAUCAGGAAACCCAAGUCUACAACAGCAGCACAGUCUGUCCUGGACAUUAAUCCAGCGCUGAAGAUAGAAGCACAGCAACAAAAAGUGUGCCCCCAGACGGAGGAGAGGCUGUACAAUGAUGCCUUCUUGGAGAGUCAGGACAUUGUGGUGAACGCCCUGGACAACGUGGAGGCUCGGCGCUACGUGGACAGUCGUUGUGUGACAACACAGAGACCUCUCUUAGAGUCAGGUACCAUGGGGACCAAGGGUCAUGUACAGGUCAUUGUACCUCACCUCACCGAAUCCUAUGGCAGUCAGAGGGACCCACCUGAUGAGGAUUACCCCUACUGUACCGUCAAGUCAUUCCCUGCCACCAUAGAACACUGUAUACAGUGGUCCAGAGAUAAGUUUGAACAACUAUUUGUACAGAAACCCAACAUAUUUAAUAAAUUUUGGUCCAUGAACAAGAAUGUUGAGGAAGUUGUGGAGACACUGCUGCAGGGCAACAAUAUAGAGAACUCCAUCAAUGUAGCCAAGUUGUCAGCACAGAGACCGUAUACCUGGCCGCAAUGUGUCAUGCUAGCUAGAAACAAAUUUGAAAAAUACUUCAACCACAAGGCCAAGCAGCUUCUGCAUGCCUUCCCUUUAGACACCAAGCUGCAGGACGGAAGUCCAUUCUGGCAAUCCCCCAAACGACCACCAUCACCUCUGGAAUUCCACCCAGAAGAUGAAGAUCACGUGACGUACGUGUCCAGUAUGGCACGCUUGCUGGCCGACAUCAUGGGGGUGCCAUGGAGGAGAGAGGAUUUGGAAGCUGCCAACAUUCUGCCACUGAUUGCCUGUGUUACAGUCCCACCAUUCAGUCCAUCCAACAAGAGGAUUGAGACUGAUGAGAGUGCAGACAAGUCAGCCCCUGUUGACGACUCAAGUGAGGAUGAGAUAGUGCAGGCAGGUCAGAGGUUAAAGGGCGUAUGUCGGGCUGGCAAGGUCAAAGUGGCUCUGUGCAGCAUGCACCCUAUAGAGUUCGAGAAGGAUGAUGACAGUAACAGCCACAUCGACUUCAUAUCUACCUCAGCCAACCUCCGUGCACAGAGCUACAGUAUAGAGACUGCAGACAGACUGAAGAUUAAGCGUAUAGCUGGGAGGAUUGUGCCAGCCAUUGCCACCACCACUGCCGCUGUGUCAGGUCUCGUUUCUAUAGAACUACUCAAACUCAUAGAGAGGCCGGGCAUAGAGAAGUACAAGAACUGUUUCCUCAACCUUGCCCUCCCCGUCAUACUCCUCUCCGAACCAGGACCCGUGGAAAGGACAGUCAUCAGGGAGGGUGUGUCCUUCACCAUGUGGGACAAGUGGGAGGUCUGGGGCAACAAGGACUUCACGCUUCAGCAGUUCCUUCACUACUUCAAGGAGACAUAUGGUUUUGAGGGUUCCUCUGUGGUUCACGGGGUGAAGAUGGUCUACAUGCCCAUCAUGCCUGCCCACAGCAAGCGCCUCAACAUGACCAUGGUGAAACUGCUGAAGCCAUCGGCCACCCAGAAGUAUGUUGACCUAGUCGUGUCCUUCGAUGAUGAUAAUGAUGAAGAUGUCCCUGGACCACCUGUCAGAUACUACUUUGGAUUGUGAUCCUGGCACAGCCUCAGUAGGCUUGUUGACAGGCUCCUUAAAAAUUGUGACCAUACGUGACCAGCGUGGGAUUACUGUGACCGGUGUGUGACCAGUAGGGGUGUCAGCAUAUGUCUACUGCAUGAUACGCUACAUAUCGCUAUACAGUACUUGCGUUAUUAUUCAAUACAUAUUGUGAAAUAUAUUUUGGGCUGUUUUGGCAUGAAUUCUUCAUGUGUCCCAACUGACAAGAGAUUGUUGCUAUGAACUAUUUUGCAUUUAACUCACAAUAUUUAUUUUGGCUCCUUGUGUUUCAUGACAGACAGUAAAGUUGACCUAAGUAACUGUCAGGCUUGGUGGGCAGUUGCAACCUCGUACAUAUUACUUUUUCAAAAUUGAUACAGAAUUAAACUUUGAAUGGAUACACAGGUAGGUGUAUAAUGUAUUGCAUCAUCAAGGGAAGUUUGUGAUGCAUAGAUACAUCAGUGACUGAUGACACCCCUAGUGACAAGUGAACACAGCGUCUGACUGACCAGUGUGUGCAUGGGUGUAACUCCCAAGUGUUGGGGGAUUCUGGGUACAGAGAGCAGGAGCUAGAUGGUGACUGCUACACUCACAGGGCCUAUUACAUGAAACAAAUGGAUAGAAACCUUGAAAAGAAACAUUGAGAUUGUUAAUAUUUCUGUCAACAUUAUUUUCAAUUUCAUCUAUGGUUAACAAAAUGCAAAUCAGGAUUUCAAAUCCCAAUUUAUUUUAGAUUUUCAUCCUUGGUUAGACAGCACCAAACUCCAUGCUCAUUGGUUUCACUGAAGUGGUAACAUCACUUUGAACUUUCCAGAUUUUGAAUGUAAUCAAAACAACAUUCACACCCUGACUCACUCAUUCACUAAUUUGAACAAUCUGCUACCCCAAUCUUGGUGGGCGAGCAUUUGGACUUUCACCCUGCACAGGAUCUCAUCAGUCAAGUCGUCUGUAUCAUCUAAACAUGAUAAUAAUGAUUAUUUGAUUCUGUGAUAUUUGUCUUAAAGAAGAUGGAUGUUUUGUGAGUGAUGUAUGUUAUUGUUACAGAGUUUUUGUUGUUUUAUUGACCUGUUGACACCGAGAGGAUCAUGCAAACAAAGUCUCACGAUGACCUGCUUUUGAUUAUCAGGAAAUAAACAUAAUAAAAAAUAUAAUAUAGCUUAAAAACAUUCUCAAUGGACAUUUCCAGAAAAUGCCCUUAAUUGGAGUGGAUGAAUGUUCCACAAUGUGUAGGUUGAAGGUUUUUGUGUGCUAUAUUUGAUCUAUUGUUGUUAUCCACCAAACCUGGACUGAAUGUGACAACAGCCUCAUUGUCCAUAUAGCCCAUCUUCCCAGGGCAAGGGUGUUUACCGACUGUAAGAGUCCCGUCUCCACCAUUGCCGAACUGGGCUGGUAUUAUGGAGUUAUAUUUUGGCUGUACUAAUGAGUCUAUGCAUAGUCCAAUCAAAAUCGCGUAUUGAAAAUUGACAUCUGUUUCGUUAAUUGCUGUGCAGAUUUCAGUCGAUAACAGGAUCUACAAAACAUGUACCGCCAACUAGGCAUCAACUGAUAUUUUCCAAAUCUUUUCAUGUUUUUAAUCUAGAUGCUCACAUGAUUUGAUGCACUUUGUGAAGUAAGACCCGUUUAGAUUUUGAUUAUCGAUCAGAUCGCCUUGAAUGGGCACUGCCAUUUUGUUUGAAGCAAAUGCAAGUGAUAUGAGAGGUGGAAUAUGAUCAGUCAAUACGAGGGACAUAGAAGGGACAUGUAAUAGCCACUGGUGGCACUAUGAUCGAGCCCAGAACCUAAAGCCUAGUUCGACAAGGCUGGAAACUGGACUUUUACAGAGAGUUAACUCCCUUGCCUCAGGAAGAUGUAGGCAUAUAGCAUGUCAUAUAGAAUGUAAAUUUUAGAAUUAUAUCAUAAUUUAAGUCAGUUGUACAGAACUUUUUGUGUGGAUCCAGAUUUAUAUUGUAAUUCUUCCAGGUAACAAGAUUAAACAGACAGAUCACAUAAACAACUGCACUCAAGUCAUAUGACAGUUUAGAUACACCUCUCAAACCCAGCUAUCUGGAAUUUUAUACUUCUUUCCUAGUCACAAAAAGUCGACAGUUUGCCAUGUCCCCUGUAUCUCGAGAUAUCGGAGUCUACUGCAGUUUCAACUUGUGUUUUGUGUGCAAGCCAUAUUUGUUGAUUUCAUAUUUUUCAAUAAAUGUCAUGAAUAUAUAUAUACAUGUUUUAUUCAUCACACUCACAAGUACUUUUAAAAUAUUCCAUUUCAAAAUAGUAAGCUUGUCUAAAUCAUGUUUGUGGAAUUGCCAAGGUUUAUUGUGGUGCAAGUGACGGUACUAUUUUCUAUGAGUAUACUUGAUGUGUUUAAAUGCAGGCAUGUUACAUCUGAGAUUAGGACAGUGGAUGUCAUAUUGAUAUCAUAUUGAUAGGAUGUAUUUCUCUUUGUGAUAUGAUAUAUUCUUUAAUAAAUAUCUUAUUAAGCUCUGCUCUAACGUCAACCUGGAACCUUCUCUGCAGUAUCAGCACCAGUUCGUACAGCUUGUGAUGCUGGCCUAUCAGUCACACGCCACCUUCAAGACUCUGUUAUCACUGUCAUAUAGUCUGUGAGUGCCCCAUAUAGCCAUUGCUAUUUUUAGGUCCUUCAUGAGUCACAAAGAUUAAUAUUUAUGCUCAGAUUGAAAUUUGAAAUAAACCACUUUUGCUACUUAGACAAACAGUCGGACAUUUGUUAGUCUAAGGAAACUAUAACGGCAGAGCGGAUGCGUGCACUGGUGAUGAAAGCUACAACCUCAUUGGUCAGAUCAAGUGUGAAUAGUUGAGUGUUUUGUUCGGUAAAACUACCAGUGUUGAUAUUCUGCUUCCCAUGAGGUGAAACAAGUUAAGAAUAUCUGGGACAUAGCAUGAAGAGGUUCUGUUACAAAUACAGCCAUCACCACAGUGUCCACUGUGCUGACCACAAUGUGAUGUCUGUCCAUACAUCAAAAUGUGGAAUGUUUUGGCAUUUCUUAUGGUGUCAGUAUUUAUAUAUACUGCAGUAUGGACAAGAGAAUUGACAAACAAGGUAAGCCUGAGUAUUGACUGUAAAACUGUGGAGAUAAUACAUUAAAGAGUCUUCUGAAUAAUUAUGCAUGAACCACAAGGCUUAGCCCUUUGAUCCAUGUAUUUUGGAAACAUGCUAGAUCUGUGGAAGAAAGUCAAGGGGCACAGGUGGUCAUAUAGUGCAGUGCAAUGGGCAUAUGCGCUGAUCCUGGGUUUGUCAGCACCAUAACCAUGCUCAAUCUGUGAUAUUACUGAUAGUCAGUUCAAAGCAGUACCUCCAUCUCACUCUAAGAAAAUUACUUUUUCCUGGUCAGUGUUGUGUGUUAGGGAUGAGUUCAUGAAAUUGUAUCUAAUAUGUUUAGUCAAUACUUUUUAUCUAAACCAAAUUUCUGGCCAAAAAAAUAAUGCCUUCAGUACAAGUUUCUGAUUAUCUUAUUGUUAUAUAUUCAAUCAGUGAUAGACUGUGUAAGCUGGUACUACCGGUAUCUUGAAUUCUUUCUGUCCUUUUCUGUCAGAAUCUGCUUUUGCAGACUUUAAGGAUGGAUGCCUCCUUGUAUGGUUUUGUACUGCAAUGAUUGUUGUAAAAAAAUAUAUAUCUAAACUGA